AAAUACGCAUAAAUAAAUUUGCUUCCUUCAAGCCAAUAUUUGUAACCAAUUAAAGAAUCAUCCCCAACUGUUUUCAGUCAUGAGUGAGCAAAGGCUUCUUCGGAAGGCGGUGUCUGAUGUUUCUUCGGAAAUCGAAAAGUAUACAGCGUUAGAAUCUUCUUCAGUUGACGAUCAACUGGUGAAGCAAGCAGAAUGCGAAUGCUGUGGACUCAAAGAGGAUUGCACCACGGAUUACAUCACUAGAGUCAGGGGUUGCCAUUGUGGCAUAUGGGUCUGCGGCCUUUGCUCUGAGGUUGUAAAAGAAAGGUUACGUCAAGCUCCGGACACAGCCAUGCAAGAUGCAGUGAGGUUUCACAGGGAAUUUUGCCAGAAAUACAAUAGUACUACGAGACUCAACCCCAAACUCUCAUUGACUUGUGCAAUGAGGGAUAUAGCCAAAAGAAGCAACAAGAAUCGAAGUUCCAAGAGCUUGUCAGCUCCAAAUAUUGCUAGGAGCAGUAGCUGUGUCCCAAAGAUCGAUUUCAAACACUAAAUGGUUUAAUCCAUUUGAUGCUUUUCCUCCAGAGGAUGACGAAUUGAUUCGUACAAGUU